AUGGGGGAUCUAAAUUGGGCAAAAACCAGUCUGGCGUCUAGUUUGGUAAGGUCGGAGGCACAUUCUGGUGCACAGUGGGACCAGGAGCAGCGCCAGGGGGUUAGUGAGAAGGGCAAGAAAGAAAGAAAGAGAGAUGAGGAGAAAAGCCUUUGUUCACUUGCAGGAGUGUCGGCUAUACAAAACGAUAAAACAUCCUCUCGAAUGUCUCGGGAAAAUAUCGUGUUGAGUGCUAGCGUUUAUACCGGUCCCGAAAAAACAUCUAGUGAGAGUCAACCGGAUGCGUCACGGACUUUCCAAAGGACCAUCCCGGCGUUCCAAUUGGAGAGUUCGAAAAAUGUCAACGAUUACGACAGAGAAGAGACCAGGAUCCUGUUCAAAGAAACGAAUCACGAGUCUAUCGACGAUCUAACGUCAUCAAAGCACGUGGCGCAUAUCGAUGGAAAUAACAUCGAGGCGAAAGCCGGCGAAUACUACCAUAUAGUGCCCACCACCAGUGAGUCGAUGUCGGGGGAAGGACAAGGGGCUCCGCUGAGAGUAGAUCUCCUGUCGGAGCCCCAUCAGCUGGUUGGCGCGCCGAGGCAACGAGCACAGCAUUCGUCAGUAACGGAUCAGCAGCGACGAGGUCGUCAAGAGAUUCCGAGGAUCUAUAGCGAUCAUGCGCCGCCACCGAUCCUUCAAACCGCUGCACCAGGUCAUAGACAAGCAAACCCUGAUAUACAGGACAUUAUCACCGGCAUCGUCAAGUUGCUCAAUGGCAACGUGAACGUAGCCGCGAACACCGUGAGGCCAUUGAGACCAAUACAAGCAACGAGAAUUAACAACAGAGGACCACCUAGAAUAUCGGAUGUGCCGCCGUUGUUGUCGGACUUUGACACUCCUGGUAUGAAUCCACCACCGCCGCCACUGUCGUCGUCUCAUCCUUACCCGUUUGAAAAGCCCCCUGCACCUGACAGACCAUUGUUGCCACCGGAGAGACCCAUUAGACCCUUCAUCAGCGGAGUGCCAUUACCAGAGCAAGUUGUGCCGCCUUGGAGUUGGGAUUCUUCUCAUAAUGGAAACAGACGACCGGCACCAGCUUACAAACCUUCGCUACUGUCGCUGGAUUCCUUCCAUCGCGACAAAAACUUUUCAACGACGGAGAAUUCGCAGUAUAAUUUAAAACCGGAAUCCGAAACGCCUCAUGAGAGCUCCACGAUAAAAAAAGAUGCCAGUCAUCAAGAAACACUUAUUAAAAAUGAUACUAAGAAUCAUGCGAGCAAUUCUAGUAUUGGCAAAGAUCGAGUCGAAUCCACAGCGGCGAUCAAUAAUUCAGCUAUCCAGAAUGCAACAAAGAAAUCCGAAUCCGAAGAGUCCACUAAGAAGCAUAAUAUUGUAAUUCACAAGUAUCAUACACCAUCGAAGGAAACCAAAAUCAACACCGAUGAGACAUUGCUCCUUGGUGUUCCUACAGACUUCACUUCGACCCGCACGAUACAACAUCCAGAAUCUUCGACAGCAUCUUCGAACGAACAAAUCAAAGUUACGAAAUCUUCGAAAAUCGAAGAAAAAAUAUCCACGAUGUCAAAGGGAGAAAAACCGAUUGAGAAAACUAUCUCGACCACCUCGAAGACUUUUUCGACUAGCACCCUGAAUAUCGAGACCAGUUCGUCGGUCCAAGUGAUCGAAUCUAUGUCAACGAAAGUCCUCCUUCGACCAACCGCGACUACUGUGAAACCAAGCAUUGAUACCAAAUUCGGUGUGAGCUUGGAGCCUAGCAGCACAUUAGAUAUCGAGUACACGGAACCAACGUCCAGCGUUUCGACGCCGACCGACGGUCUUCCUGCAACUUACUCGAAGAAUUCUGCCACAACAGAGAAAAACAUUCAUUCCACAACUUCAACAUUCACGAAAAAUACAGGAUCCACUGAACGUUAUCGCCCACGACCUGGAAUUGUUUUGGACGAUACUUUGGAUUAUACUGGAGCGCAAGGUUUACCUAGCCAGAGACCUUAUGCACCCUCGAGACAUCCAUCCCUCGGUGACGUUUUUGACGUAACGGUUUCGGCGAUUCAAGGACCCGGAGGAAGUUCCGGAGGGAGUGUUAGAGUAUCCUUGAACUCUGGCGGCGGUGAUGUCAUAUUAACUUCCGCAGUAGGCGGGGAAGGUUUCGUGAGUAUUGACGGUAAAAGAACGUAUAUGAAUGUAUUCGAUAACACAGAUCAGAUGACCGCACCCACCCAUGUACAACCGCAACCAACUCGAACUCAACCGCCGCCAAUCAUCGGUGCUGGUCUCGCCAUCCCACAAUCGGAUGCUCCUCUUGCCACUUCACGUCCGAAUGGAUCAAAUCGAAGGCCGCCCCUGUAUCGAAGACCGACGCAGCCACCCGUCAGAAUAGAUACUUGCAUCGUAGGCGACACGAGUACGUGCGACGCAAGUCAACAUGAGGCUUGCGCGACGGUUCAAGGAGUAUCAGCUUGUCACUGCAAGCCAGGAUACGCGAGAUUGCAACAUUCGUUGCCAUGUAAAAAGAUCGUCAGUAUUGUCGUGUCAAUUAGAGUUGACAAAUUUUACGACAAGAAGGUCGUGUGGGAUCGAGGAUUAGCUGACAAGGACUCGGAAUCAUACCAAACCCUUGCUUACGAAGCCAGUAGAGCCAUUGAGUCUGCCAUGUCUAUGACACCAUUUUCGGACGAAUACAUGGGAUCGCUGAUAAACAACGUUUAUCAUGGAGACAUAAGCCAAGGACAAGGCGGAGUUUUUGUGAAUACUACUCUGAAACUCAUUUACGAACCGAGAACGAUUAGACCAAACUUAGCUGGUGAGCUUCAAAGACAUCUGCUAGGUGUUAUUCAUAGAAGAAAUAACAACAUUGGGAAUAGUGCCCUAUACGUAGAGAGCCCACCGGGAUCUAUAUCAAACUUGCAAGAUCUAGACGAAUGCGCCUCAUCGGAGUUGAAUGACUGCCAUUCAUCUGCCAGUUGCACUAACACUUUCGGCGGUUUUACAUGCUCCUGCAAUUCAGGAUUGAAGGACCCUCAUAAAAACGAUCCUAAUGAAUCCGGCAGAACGUGCUUGUCGUGUCCCUCGACCUAUUGCAAUAAUCGCGGCACUUGCUCUUAUCAGGGAGAUCAGAUGCACUGCACAUGUACCGGAAAUUAUUAUGGCGCGCAAUGCGAGGUCGACGGGGAGGUCUUGGGCGUUGCUAUAGGCGCAUCCGUGGCCGCGUUAAUAAUCAUAGUUCUAACUCUAGUCUGUCUCGUAAUGUGGAGUCGUAAAUGGUCUCGCGAACAAAAGUCUGCGGGUUCUCCGGUGUACGGUUAUAUUCAAGGUGGAAUACCCGGUACUCUUCCAGGGACUUUAGCGAGGGUUGGUUCUGUAGGCACUCUAGCGUCUGUAAAACAAGGACCACCAACGAAUUUGCCACCUUACAUGUGGGCCCAUUUUGGGGAGCAUAUGGCUACAGCGAAUCUCUAUGCGACCGAACCCAUGGGCCCUACACGACCGAGCUCGGCGAUGUUCGGUUAUCCACCCAUGAGCAUUCACGGAACAUUGCCUCCGGUUCCAUUACCGCGACUUCAGGCCCCGUUGCGGCCGAGACAGAGACCACAGCCAGAUCCGGAUAGCUCGGAUUCUGAACCGCAAGAUAAGGACAGAGCUGACCUAAUUCCUCAAAGCAGUGGUUUUCAUGUGCCGAGGCCAAAAUCAAGAUCUUCAUUAGCGAAUCAAAGCGGUAUCUACAACGACGUGGAGUACGACCAGGGUGACGUUCAUCAUUUAUCGAAGAACAACAUCCCGAUGUCCACCUACAGACCGUAUUACAGAACGUGAACUUCACAUCGUAGAUCGCGAGAAGUAGUACAUUUGCGCACGUGUGUCAAGGGACGGCACUAAAUAACCAUUGCAAAUUUAUCGUCUAAAGUGCUCAAUAAAUAGUGCAUUAGGACACGUGUGGUGUGGUGCUGCUGCUUCUGUUGGUGCGAAAUAAUCCCACGAUAGAAGCUGCGAGUCAUCUGAGCAAACGUACCGAACACAUAUGGAAGAUUUGCAUACGUGAAGUGAGCUAUUCGUAUCCGCGCGUAUUAAGCGGAUUAGAUCUUGCUCGCUUUAAAGUCGUGUUCUUAUAGUCACGCGAUAUCGUAUUUGCGAUAGAUCAAUUAAUUCUUAGCGUGAUACGCAGAUAUUUAUUAUUCGUUAUAUAAGUUCAGAUAUUUUGUAAAAUUCAAAAGUUCGCUUAUGUUAGAUAGUUUUAUUGCGAGAGACACAUAUGCGACGACUGCAUAUAUUUGACUAUUUUUAAUUAACUCGUUAUCAUUGUUAGCUCAAUACUCAGAGAGUAAAGGCUAAUCUACAAUGUGCUCUUUGCUUCCUGUUUCUUGCUUUUUGCGUAUUACCGUUUUGUCUCUUCGUACGGUAUUUUAUUAACAAUCGUGUCUUUUUUGAUGUUUGUUCUUUUCACUUUUAUCUUGUCAAUUUUGAUAAAAUAACAAAGAUAAAAAGGUAAAGUGUAAAAAGUAAAAGAAAACAGGAAACAAAGAAAACAUUAUAAAUUAAUCUUAAGAAUAAUUUAUAAGAGCAAAUAUAUCGACUGUUUAUGAUUAGUUACAAUUGUUAAGCACAAAUUAACUGUUAUAAAUUAUGUUACUACGUUAUGACUAUUAAAUUUAGUGCAAAAAUUUAAUUUUUAUGUUAAAUUUUACUAUAAGAAUUUAAGAGUAUAAUUGUAUUAAUAUAAUUACGGUUUAUUUAUUAAAAUCUUAUUGAAAAAGGUACACCAAGAUCUAAGGGCAGUAAAUAAUUAUUUUCUUACGCAUCAUGAGAUAUAACUUUAAUUCAUUAAGCACUCAUUGUAAUUAUCGUAAUUAUUGUAAAGAGUUUUUAGAUUCAAUACAAAUGUCAUUAAAAUUUAAUUUAGUUUUUAUUUUAUCUUUCUAACUUGUUGAAAGUACAUAAAAUAGUAUGCAGCAGAAAAUUAAUAGAACAUGUAUGAAUCAAUGAAAUAAAAAACUAAUAAUAACUAAUUUGGAGCAAUUAAUACAA